AUGGGAGGAAUUGAAAAUAUAGGAAACCCUCACGAAGAACAACAAAGAAUGUUAUUAGGUAGAAUUGUUAAUAACGUUAAAAAACUCAAUGACGCAUUAGAAGAUAUGAAUAACCGUAUCCAAGAAAUUAAUGAAUACAACCAAGACGUUGUGGUUCUUUCCAAAUUCUGGUCAAAUUACAACAGAAAUGUUACUUAUAAUCUUGAAAAUAUUCAAAAAUUGGCGGAUCCAAAAUGA